UACUGCGUGCGUGUGUGUUCAAGCCCUAUAAAAGCAAAGGAACUCCUCGGGUCAUUUACAUUCAAGCAGCAGCCACAGCAAACGUGAUAGCUUAGACGCCGUUGACAAGGAUGUUUAGCAGGUACUUUUCGGUUGUGCUGUUGCUGGCCGCGAGCGGAGGGGCGCUGGGCUCUCUGCAGGACAAACAGAGCGACUUCGGCUUGAGGCUCUUCGCCCGCUUGGCCGCAGCCUCGGCGGACCGCAACGUGAUUUUCUCCCCGUACGGCGUUUCUUCCGUCCUGGCGAUGACGCAACUCGGAGCGGCGGGGAACACUCGCAAGGCCAUGACCGCCGCGAUGGGAUUUUCCCUGCAAGAGCGAGGAAUGUCUCGCCAACAGCGCCUCCUGCAGCACGACCUCCACGCCGAGGACGGCUUGGAGAUGGCUAGCGGGGUCAUGGUGGAGAGGAAGCUGAGCCUGGACAAAGGAUACCGCCGGGCGCUGUCCAAGGCCUUCAGGACCCACCCGCACCAAGUGGACUUCAGCAGGCCCCAGCAGGCGCUGGACGUCAUCAACGCCUGGGUCUCGGACCGCACCGCCGGGGCCAUCCCCGAGUUCUUGGCGCGGGGAUCUCUGAGCGACGAGACGCGCCUGGUGCUCCUCAACGCGCUCUACUUCCAGGGACUCUGGAAGGUGCCCUUCGACCCCAAGCUGACGCACGAGAGGAUGUUCCACUGCGCCAACGGCAGCGCUGUGCCCGUUCCAAUGAUGACGCUCAUCAACCGUUUCAACUACGGGGAGUUUGUGACCGCCAGCGGCGUGGACUAUGACGUCGUGGAGGUCCCGUACGAGAGCGACUCGCUGAGCAUGCUCCUAGUGUCGCCCUUCGAAGCCGACGUGCCGCUGAGCGCGCUCGGCGGCGACCUGAGCGGCCAGAGGAUCCGGCAGUGGCGAGCCGCGCUCAGGAGCGUUCGGCGGCAGCUAACCAUGCCCAGGUUUACCCUGAACUCGGAAGUCAACUUGAAGGCCGCGCUCACCGACGUGGGCCUGGCCAACAUCUUCAGUCCGGCCACGGCCGACUUCAGCCACAUUACCACCGACGAGAGGCUUUGGGUGUCCAAGGUCCUGCAGACGGUCAAGUUUGAGGUCAACGAGCGAGGAACGAAGGGAGCGGCGGCAACGGCCGCGGUGAUGUUUUCCCGAAUGGCAGUGGAGGAGCUGACUUUGGAUCGGCCUUUUGUCUUCUUGAUCCAGCACAAACGCACGGGGGCCAUUUUGUUCAUGGGCCAGUUCAGUCAUCCCGCUUGAGAAGCCAGCACGACUUCCGCCGUAUCCGACCGACGACGACUCGACACCACAAGACAACUUUUCAAAACUAGGACUUGACAGACAUGACACUGAUGCACUUCCUCUUUCUGCUCGUUUUCACUCAGUCUUGUUCCCAUGCUACGUGUGUAUUUAUAUUGUAUUUAUUAAAAGAUAUAUAUAUUGUUUUAA